AUGAGAACAGAUGGCGGUAAUGAGGAACUAUGCGAGGAAUGGGCUUUGGCAAAUAGUCGAGAAUGUGUUGAGAAAAGCGGUGUCUUGAGUACAGGACACGAGACGAGUGAUGAUGCUUCAGAGGCAAGAUUUACUCUUAAAUAUUUAGGAAGCACCUUGGUGGAGACACCCUCAAGCGAAGAAGCCACUGCUGAAGCCAUAAAAACGAUUAUUACAAUGGCAAAAGUCAGUAGCAAAAAGUUACAGAGGGUUUCUCUGGCUAUCAGUUUAAGAGGAAUCAGAAUGACUGAUCUUGCAACGGAGGAGGAUCAACUCCAAGUCUCCAUUUACAGAAUCUCAUAUUGUUCGGCGGACGCGACUCACGAUCAUGUGUUUGCAUUCAUUGCAACAAAUUUCAAUGAAACAAUGGAGUGUCACGCAUUUUUGUGUCCGAAAAGAAAAAUGGCACAAACUGUGACACUGACUGUUGCCCAGGCAUUUAAUACUGCCUACGAGGCUUGGCAAUUGUCACAAACCGAAUCAAGACUUCAUCAUACAAAGGAUAAAAGUCCAUCGCUCACCGAAAGUAUAAUUGAGUAUGACGACAAGGCAACAAAGGAGAAUAAAUCCAAUGAGAAUCAAAACGAACAAAACAAGCAGAAAGUGAAAAAGAAUAAUUGUAAUGAACAAAAAAAUUUACUCAUUGAUCUCACUAAUGAUGUGAAACCGAAGGAAAACUCAUGGGUUUCGUUUGAGGAUGAGGUGACAUUGUCGGAGAGCAAAAAAAUUGAGAAAAAUAGUCCCACGAAUAAUAUUCCCAUGACAACAUUGAGGCAUCCGGCAUCAUCAACUCCAUCGCAUCACGUUGUACCGAGACCAUCGCCCGGAUUCAAAAUGCAAAAUGCCUGGGGCGAAUCUCGUUCACUAGAUUUAAUGUGCUCGUAG